AUAUUUAAUUUAAAGCAAAUAAAUAUGGCUUACUAAAUGUAAAAAAAAUAAUUGACUAAUGAUAAUUUUAAACAUUUAACAUAAAAAAAUGAUUAUAAUCCUUAACCACAAAUGAAACUUAAACCAAUUUGGGAUGAGAGAUUUUUUUUAUGCAAGAUUCCAUAAUAUUAAUAUUUUAAGGACAAAUAUAAUGGAAAGCUUAUAUUAAAUAAUUAACAUGAGAGCUCAAAUCAAAACUAAUAAAAUAUUUAACCAAACAUAAUAUUUGAGCCAGGUGGAAAAAUUCGGAAAAUAAAAUUUGAAUAAAGCAUAUCGUAAAACCCACAUAAUCGAACAUUCUCUAAGUUCAUAUCAAGUAAAAUAAUUUAAAAAAAAAAAAAAAAAAUUAAAAAUGUAAAAGAAAAAGAAACAGAAGAAAAUAAGUAUUCAAAUAAUCCUUUAGUUUAACAUUAUAUAAAUAUGCAAGAAAAACCAUUAAUUUACGAUUUAGAUAAUAACCCGAAAAUAGUAGAAGGUUAUAUAUAAUAAUUAUAAAAAGAUAUAAACUAAUAAUGGGAAAUCAAAAAUAUUCCUCAUUUUCAUAGAAAAUAUUUUUCUGAAAGUAUUAAAGGACUUCCAAAUAUAUAAAUUGUUUAAAAUGUAUAUAAAGAAUUAAAAGCCUUAAAUAAAGAUCGUUCGUAAAUAUAAAUAUGUAUUAAAGUAAUAUAGGCGAGAGAAUUAUGUUUAGAAAAUUUAAAAUAAUAAAUAGAGUAACUUAAAGGGCAUUAAGAUGAAGAGAAGAAUAAUAUUCUAUAGUAAAUAUCUUAAAUAAUAAAUGAUUUAAGAAUUUUAUCAUUAGAAGUUGUGGAAUAAAUUUUAAGAUGGAGGGAAAUGAUUCUCCACAACCACUACAAAAAGAAUAAUUUAUAAAACUUAUAAUUACCUUUUUAUUAUAAUGAUAGAAACUAUCUUUUAAAAAUGAGAGAUGAUUUGAAAAUAUUCAAAAAAUCUUAACUUUAAUAUCAUGUAAAUUUAUCAGUAAAUACAGUUUCUGAUCCCUUCCUUUUAACAAUGUAAGCUUAGCAAAUAAUUAAUGAUCCCCAGUAUGUAGAUUUUAAAUAAAUAACACAUGAUUGUUCUCAUAUAAUAUAAAGAAUCAGAGCAAGUGAACUUAUUAUUUUCGAAGAAUCCUUAUAAAGAAGAGUAAAAGAAUAAUUUGGUGAUUAUGUAGUUAGAAGUAUUAAUAUAAAUGAAACUAAUAUUAGAUCUUUUCUUGAAAGUUAUCUUGAAAAAAUACAUUUGGAUAUAAAAUAUUCUUUUUUACAUAAUAUAGAUGACAUAAUUAAAAAAAUUAAAGAAGAAUAAGAUGUAAGCUUCCUUAAAAUAGAAAGUGACGGUUUUUAUGAAGAUUUUUAAGGUUUGGCAAUUAUUUGUUUAGAUAAAUAAUAGUAUUAUUAGGUUAGAAGAAUAAAUAUUUUGCACAUUAGUUGCAUUGAAAAAAGUUUUUACAAUAGUAUUAUUAACACUUUAGUUGAUUAUAUAUGGAAAAAUGAUACAUGUGAUGAUAUUCGUGUUAAUUUAUUUUAUUAAUAAGAAGAAAAUAAAUUAUAGUUAAAUAAAUUUGUAAAAAAUAUCUUUGAUUAAAUAGGUUUUAAAUGGAAAUAAUUAAUAAAUGAUACAAUAACGACAAAAAGAGCAACAAUAUUUGAAUUAAAACGGCCUAAAAAUAUUGUCAAAAAACAAAUAGUAAAUUAAUAAGAAUGUAUAGAACUGAAAAGUUUAAUAAUAAUAAGUGAAAAAAGCGGAAUACAUUAAGAGAUAACAGAUUAUUUUUAAAAAUUUGAUGUUUCUUAUAACUUAUUAAAAUGUUUAUAUAAUUUAGACGAUAAAAAAUAAAUAGAAAAAAUAAUUGAAAAAAAUAAAAAUCUUUAAAAUAUUAAAGGAAAUUUUGAAAAUAUAAGUAAUACUACAAAUGA